UCGUGUCAUUCUUCUUCUACGCCCGUCCACUCCAAGCAAGCAGAAUCAAAAUGUCGGCCGCAAGGUUACUCGCGCUUUGGUCGGUGAGAGCUUCACCCUUUUCCUGGCGGGCGGUGGGCCACCGUCAGGCCGCCCGGGUCCCCGCGCUGAGCCGUGGAAUGGCUGCCGGAGGAAUUCCCACAGAUGAGGAGCAAGCCACCGGCCUGGAGAAGAUCAUCAUGAAAGCCAUGAAGGAGGGCACGGACCCGUACAGCAUGAUGAAGCCCAAAGAGUACGCUGGUUCCAAAGUGGACCCUCACCUGGUGCCCUCCAUCACUAACAAGAGGAUUGUGGGAUGCGUGUGUGAGGAGGACAACACGGCCGUGGUUUGGUUCUGGCUCCACCAGGGCGAGGCCCAGCGCUGCCCUUCGUGUGGCGCCCACUACAAACUAGUCCCCCACGAGCUUCCUCACUAGGACGGUCGGCCCAGAACCUCGCCGACUCACCUCAUUUCACUUCCUCUUUGGGUUUACAUAUUCGCAAACGUUCCGUUCGCUCUUCUUCCCGCAGUAAAUCAAUUGUUUCAUUCUCCCGUGUGAUGACUUACAAAUAAAAUGGGAAAUGUAUGAAA